AUGCGGUGGAAGUUACUAUUGCUACUGCUAUGUGCGGUAGCGCUAACGACCCUAUCAACUCCUGCAUUGGCCGAUGAGCAAGAUGGUGCUGAGGACGAUGACGGUGACAAUGGGCCGAUCGCGGACGAUGACGACUACGGCGAGGAACCAACUGGCGACGAUCAAACAGCGGAAAUGGACGAGCCGGCCGAAACCAACGAUCAAACGCCAUCUGCGGACGACACCGAGACCAACGAGGAUACGGUCGAUAUAGAAACCGAAGGCACUGGAGACGGCAAAGGCAGGAAGGGAAAAUACUAUAUGUACGAUGACUUCCUGUCGAGCCUCGACCUGGCCGACAAUAACUACAACUGGGAAGAUCCGCUGAAUCGCGUGCAGCCCAAAGAGCCACCGAGUCACAGCAUCGACGGUGGGUACACGAUCAACACGGCCCGCCUUGCCCAGCUCCGGCGCAACUUCCUGUACCCAUUCUACGACCGGGGCGGCCCGGAAGAUACCGGUGACCUGCAGCGCGACAUCCACGCCUCGAUGCCGCAGGUGCACAAGAACUUCAACUUCCAGCUCCCGUUCUUUGGGUUCCGCUUCAACUACACGCGCGUGUCGAUGAACGGCUUCCUGGAGUUCUCCGAUCCGCCCGAGCACUACACCUACCCGCUGUCGUUCCCGAUCAAGGACUGGCCGCGCCGCAACGACCCAUCGUUCAUCGGGAUCUUCUUCUCCAAGUGUCGCAUCGGGCGCAUUUACCAGACCGACCACGAUCAGCGGUCGCCCGGCGUGUACUUCCGCAUGGAGCGCGACCUGAUGACGCGCACCGAUCGGCCGGGAGUCGAGAUGCGGGAGCGCGUGAUGUGGGACAUCCGGGAGGGCGUCGUCGGAUCGGACACGUUCGUCCCGAAGCACGUCAUUAUCACCACCUGGAAGAACAUGAGCUUCGCCGGUGGCAUCGACAACUCGCUGUUCCGGACCAACAGCUUCCAGAUGGUGCUGGCGACCGAUGAAGUGUACACGUAUGCCAUCUUCAACUACGGCGAAAUCAACUGGUCCUCCCACACGGAAGCGGGCGGCGACACGACCGGAGGCGAGGGUGGCGUUCCGGCUUAUAUCGGGUUUAACGCCGGUAACGGUACGCAAGCGUAUGAGUACAAGCCGUACAGCCAGGCGUCGGUCCUGCGCGAUCUGACCGGGCGGGGCUGGGCGAACGGGUUCCCCGGGCGGCACAUCUUCCGCAUCGACGAGCGCAUCAUGCUCGGCACGUGCAACAAGGACAUCGACGCGUCCCACCUGCCGUUGGUGUUUGCGCCCGAGUCGGGCAACAUGCUCGGCGGCACGGUGGUGAACAUCACCGGGCCGUGCUUCACCCGGGAGGACCGGGUGGCCUGUCGGUUCGACACGGAGGAGGUCGUCGGCACGGUGGUCGACACGAACCGGGCCAUCUGCAUCCAGCCGUUCCUGAAGGCGCAGGGCUACAUCCGCUUCGAGAUAUCGAUCGGGACGGACCGCUUCAAAUGGCGCGGCCGGUACUUCGUGGAGACGCCCGCGACCGCCACCGACCGGAUCUUCUUCGAGACGGACGACGUGCACCGGCGCGCCCCGUCCGAAAUACGCAUCACCUGGAACCGGUUCAACCUGACCACCAACCUGAACGCGAACGUGCAGAUCUCACUGUGGGGCUACCGGGAGGCGACGAUCCGGCCGGAGCUCGAGUUCAUCGACAUGCUCGAGACGCAGCUGACCAACACGGGCGUGUACACGAUCGUGCCGGCCAACUACCGGAACCGCGACAACACACGCACCGUCGACAUGCAGUUCGGCUUCAUCCAGAUCAACCUGACCAACCCGGAGCAGUACAACAACCUGCGCAUCUCGCCCGUUUUGUGGUCGAAGCCGAUACCGCUCGGGUGGUACUUCGGGGCACAGUGGGAGCGUAUCCACGGGCGCAACUGGCCGCGGGCCCUCUGCGACAACUGGCUGCGGACGGACCGGUUCCUGCGUGACUUCGCCCACGAGCUGGCCAUCUGCCCGUGUACGCUCGAGCACGCGCUGCUGGACAAGGGCCGCUUCCUGCCGGACCCGGAGUGUGACCGGGACGCGAACCCGACCUGCCUGCAGCACCGUGGCGCGAUCCACUGCGUGCGCUCGGGGCAACCGACGGUGCAGGGCUCGGAGCAGCAGUGCUGCUACGACCGCAACGGCUUCCUGAUGCUGUCGUACGACCAGAUGUGGGGCUCGCGGCCCCGCCGCAACCACAACAUCGGGCAGAUCCCGUGGAACGAGGCGAACAAGGUGCCGACACUGUCGACCUGGUUCCACGACGUGCGCCCGUACUACUCGUGCUGCAUGUGGCAGGACGAGCAGGCGGUCGGCUGCGAGACGUUCCGGUUCGAGCGGCGCCCGUCACAGGACUGCAUCGCGUACCAGCCGCCCGGUGUGGCCGGCAUCUUCGGUGACCCGCACGUCGUCACGUUCGACGGCCUGCAGUACACGUUCAACGGGAUGGGCGAGUUCGUGCUGCUGCGCGGCAACAACGGGCGCGAACGGAUUGACGUGCAGGGCCGGUUCGAGCAGGUGCCCCGCAACAUCCACGGCCCGGUGAUGGCGACCCAGCUGACGUCGGUGGUGGCGCGCGGCAACACGUCCACCAUCAUCGAGGUGCGGCUGCGGCCGCGCGAAGCCCAGUGGCGCUACCGGCUGGAUGUGUUCGCCGACCAGCGGCGCAUCUACUUCGACCGGCAGAGCCUCAAGUUCCAGCACUUCCACGGCGUCACCGUCUACACGCCCACCUACAUCCUCAACCAGUCGGAGGUCGUCAUCAUGUUCUCGUCCGGCGUCGGCGUCGAGGUGGUCGAGAACAAUGGCUUCAUGACUGCGCGGGUCUACACACCUUGGAGCUUCAUCAACAAAACACGCGGCCUGUUCGGGAACUGGAGCUGGGACAUGGCGGAUGACCUGACGACACCGGGCGGAGCGGUGGUGACACCCAACCUCAACAACUUCCAGACGAUACACGAACAGUUUGGCAUCUGGUGGAUGCUGUCGGAUCGGGAGGUCGAAAACGUGGGGCAAGCCCUGUUCACUAGGGAGUUUGGACGAACGUCGAGCUACUUCGCGAACGCGUCGUUCGUCCCUAACUUCGUGCGCGAACCAAGCCUCUUUCUGCCACCGAACCGGACCCAGGAUGUGCAGCGGGCGGAGGAGCUGUGCGGUGAGAGCUACCAGUGCCGCUACGACUACGGGAUGUCGCUCAGCCGGGAGAUGGCGCACUUUACCAAAAACUACCACGCCAGCGUCGUCAACAUACAGACGGUGAACGAUAAACGCGUCAUAUCGUGCGGUAUCCUGGAGACACCGCGCUUCGGGCGCAAGUCCAACUUCCUGUUCACACCCGGGGCCCGUGUUUCGUUCGAGUGCAACGAGGGAUUCUUCCUGAUCGGUGAUCCGCGCCGCAUCUGCAUGGAGAACGGCCAGUGGGACGUGCCCGAGUACGGCUACACCGAAUGCUUGCGUGGUGUGUUCUAUUCGCGCCGUACGGCUUGGAUCGCGAUUGGCAUUGUCAUUGCUGUGAUUAUUCCGCUGAUGCUGUGCAUCGUCUGCGGGGUGUACUGCCUGCGCAAGCGCAAGCGAAAGGAGGAUCCGGACUGGCGGCUACCGCUGCCGUCCCGGUCGGGGUCGCGGGCCACGCUACGCAAAGGCGAAGAUAGCGAGUACGACGAGAACACGAUUCGCAAGACGAACAACUACGACGGCAGCUACCGGACGAACGAGCCGCUCGAGGGCAAGCCGAACAUUCAGUUCGCCGCCAAAAAGCUGGACCUGGACGAGGAAGAUAUCACGUCCUCGGAAGGAGGUGACUAUAGCGCGAGGGUGGCAAACGAUAUCGAUUAUAAGAACGUGGCUGAUCACCGCAAACAACUAGGUCGGCGCAACCAGCGCGCGCUCCAGCCGGGCAUGUUCGCCGAGGGGGACGAGGAGGAGGACGACGACCCAAAGGGAUACCCGCCGCCGCCGCCGCAAGCGCAGGCCGCGUUGAACCAGCAGCAGCAGCAGCAGCAACAGCUUGACUCGCCACUCGAUGCGUACGGCGCCUACAGUCCCACCUUCAGCGACAUCGACCGCGCCAGCAGCUUCGCAACUGAGGACAACUCGCCGCUCAACCAACGCCGGCCACAAAACGGAAACCUGUCGCCCUUACCGCCCAUCGGCCGCACCUUUUACGCCGGACAGGGGCAACCGGCGAGCCAGACCCAGCCGCUGACCCAGAACACCGGACUGCCCAAUCGCACCGACAGUCGCUCCACCGAGGUGUAGGGGCCUGAUGGCUCGUCGAUACACAACUACGCAGCGAGCGCCGUUGUCUAACACUAGCAUCUUGACAUACAUACACACACCCAUACAUGCGCGCGCGCGCGCUCACACGAGUUCACACUGGCGUUAUAGGGCGUCGAGCCUUUACUGGGCCAAUUUCUUUUUGUUUAAUGUAGAAUAUCAGAGACAUUACUUUUAAGGACAGUUCAGUUUCACUGUAGGGGCCCCGGUAAUUCGGAGCAGCAGGUAGAGUUCUCAAACCCGACUUGAAGACCUAGAGGCACUGGAGUUGCAUAGGAAGCUUAACACGAAAUCAUGGGUCUACCUAAUUCCUCACCAUAAGCUAGUAGUAGAGCCUUGCCCACAGUCGCUGCUCACAGUCACACAGGCAGACACCACAGCAAUGCCAAUGCCCGUUACUCCAGCUGCGGUGUGUAUAGACAGCGCUUGGCCUGACAGAGAGCCCCCCCCCUCCCUCCCCUCUGGGGAUCACCGUACCACCCAUUGGCGAGUCCCUCGCUAGAUCCCCCCCCCGUGCUGGUCGCUUACCCGUCUGUCCCCGUUCCAGGUGCAGAAGAGUAUGUCGCCCGCAACACCGGCGUGUCGUUUGGCGUCGUGAUGGCGAUCGUCAUUCCGGUUGCCCUCGUCAUCAUCCUGAUCGUACACUACCGGAUCAAGCGAAGUCAACGCGUGAUAAACGAUGAAGCACCAGCCG